CAUAAAAGAAAAAUAAUUAGGAUAAGAAUUUUUGAAGUGGCGAUUUUUGAAGUUAUUAUUUAUGGCAAUAUCAUUUUUUGUUUUUACUAAUAAAUUAAAAGAUUAAAUAAUAAAUAAGAUAGAUAAAUAUUGCGUGAAUUGACAAAAUGAAUAUAAGUGUUCAAUAUUGUGUUUUAAAAACACUUGUUCGGAACAAUUAUUAUCGUUCUCUAUCUCAGUUCUAUAAUAUUAAUGAUAAUUCUUUUGGAUUUAAUGAACAACAAAAAGAGUUGCGCAACUUGGCUUUUAAUUUUGCGCAAAAGGAACUCGCCCCAAAAGCUUCAAAAAUUGACAAAACAGAUCAUUUUGAUAAUUUGAGGUCAUUUUGGAAGAAAAUGGGUGAAUUGGGGUUUCAUGGAAUAACUGCAAAAUCAGAAUAUGGCGGGACUGGAGGAACUUAUUUAGAUCAUGUUAUUAUAGCAGAAGAAAUUAGUAGAGCUUCUGGUGCUAUAGGACUUAGUUAUGUCAUUCAUUCGAAUGUGUGUUUAAAUCAAAUUCACAGACACGGCACUGAGGAGCAAAAACACUAUUAUUUACCAAAGCUUUGUAGUGGUGAACAUGUGGGAGCUUUGGCAAUGUCGGAAGCGGGUUCAGGUUCAGAUGUCGUUUCAAUGAAAUUAAAGGCAGAGAAAAAGGGCGAUUACUACAUUUUAAAUGGAACCAAAUUUUGGAUUACAAAUGGACCAGACGCUGACACUUUAGUUGUUUAUGCAAAAACAGACCUGAAUUGUGCAAAACCGCAACAUGGAAUUACGAGUUUUAUUGUAGAAAAAGGAACUCCCGGUUUUAGCACUGGACAAAAACUCGAUAAAUUUGGAAUGAGGGGUUCAAAUACAUCGGAAUUAAUAUUCGAAAACUGUAAAAUUCCUGCUAAAAAUAUUUUGGGCAAAUUAAAUCAAGGUGUUUAUGUAUUAAUGAGUGGUUUGGAUUUGGAACGACUUGUUGCAUCAGCAAUUAGUAUUGGAAUUAUGCAGGCAUGUUGUGAUGUUGCUUUUAAAUACGCACACGAACGGGAACAAUUUAAUAAACCAAUCGCUCAUUUUCAGAUGAUGCAGGAAAAACUUGCCAAUAUGCAUAUGGCUCUGUCUACCAGUAAAGGUUACACAUAUUCCAUUGCAAAGGCAUGUGAUGCUGGUUAUGUUGAUCGUAAAGAUUGCGCGGCAGUUAUCACUUAUGGAGCUGAAGCAUCAGUGAAAGUAGCUCUCGAUGCUAUACAAAUUUUAGGUGGCAAUGGAUAUAUAAAUGAUUAUCCAGUUGGCCGCUUUUUGAGAGAUGCCAAAUUGGGAGAAAUUGGCGCUGGUACUUCACAGAUACGAAGAAUGGUUAUUGGUCGAGCAAUAGCUGAAGACUAUUCAUAGUAUGCAGUAAAAUUUAGAAUAAAUAAUGGAUCUAGUUUUUUUAUGUACAAAACAACAAUCUUAAAAUUGUUCUAUUCAGAAAUUUUUCAUUUUUAAUAUAUGAUUCUGAAAAGAGAUUUUUUUUUUAAACAAAUUAUCCUUUUUGGUAAUUAUUAAGUAUUUUUAAUAUUAGAAAUUUUCCAAUUUCUCACAGAAAAUUA